GCGACCUGCGGUUGAUACAGGCGCGUUUUUAAUAGGGUUAGACAGAAGACAGCAAAAAAUAAACACUGUAAAUAACCGGAAGCCCGAAACAUUUACAGAGCCAAGUAUGGGAAGCAAUUAAUGCAAAACAGGAAACAGUUUAGACAAACACUAAACCCAGGUCAUGACUUUAAGUUCAAAUUAUUUCAUUUGAAAAUCUAACGUCCUUCAUCUGCAUCGUUUCUAGUUACUGUCAGUUUCAACAAGUUUCCGGCUCCAGAAGGAUCUGAGCAAAGAAUGAUCUGUGACCAACGACUUAUCUAACCUCUGACCUCUGACUCAGACUAAUUUAGUAACUUUAGACAUCAUAAAAUAAGACUUUGGAUUUGGAAAGACUUGAUACACCAAACAGCAGGUGGUUCGGCUCACCGAUGGAACCGGACCUCCCGAUGGAACCGGACCUCCCGAUGGAACCGGACCUCCCGAUGGAACCGGACCUCCCGAUGGAACCGGACCUCCCGAUGGAACCGGACCAGGAUUCAUUCUGGCUGCUGCUCUCCAACAUCCUUCAGAGGUCAGGGGUCAUUUUCUCUGAGACCAUCUGCCAGCCGACGGGAGGGAGCAAGGAGCUGGUGGUGGCGGGCCUUUGGCAGAGCGGUUACCAUGGCGACUGGACAUCGGGCGGGUCCGGUUCCGACCCGCUGCUUGCGCUGGGCUGGCUGCUGGCCCAGGGGGUUCUGGAGAAGCUACUGGCGGGUCAGGUCGCCGUGCUAGACCGCACGCUGUUGGACACCUGGCCGGUUUCGACAGGAACCAGAACUUUAGAACCUGCCCUGCCGGACAGCAUCUCACUGAGGACGCUGCAGUGGCUGAUGGGACGUCUGAGACACCAGGGACGGACGCUGCUGUGCACCACGAGAGGACGGACGCGAGCGCUGCAUGACGUACUUUCCACCAGCCAGGUUUGCUCUCCGGCUACCCCUGCUGGCCAAAGCUCUGCGGUGCUGACAGAGGACAGCGCGUGCAUCCAGCGGCUCUGUGACGUCCUGGAGGCGUACCUGAGUUGGAGACGGGUCGAGAACGUCUUCUGGACCUGGAUGGACAGCGUGGCAGACCGCCGUCACGGCGUCCCCCAAGCCGCCACGCCCUUCCGGGCACUGGGGACGUGUCACCAUGGCAACCAGGGGCUGGCCCAGCUGGAGCAGCUGCUGAUGAAGUUGCCGAUCGCGCAGGAAACCGAGAGUCUCCAGGGUCAGAGGUCACAGGACCAUCAGGCCUGCACGUCUCCUGUCCUCUCUGUUCCCUCCAUCCGUCAGGUGUGGCGUCCCCGGCUGCAGGCGGGGGCCCGAGGGCCCCCUGCAUCCCCCCCGGCUUUAGAGCGCCUCCUGCAGGCGGAGCGGCUGCUGCUGCGACACAGAGCGGCGCGGCGUCUGGCCAACAGGAAGCGGCUGCAGCUGCUGAUGCGGCGGCUGCGGCGGCGGGUCUUUGUCCCGAUGUAGGGGAGGAGCUAUUGGUGUUAAUGGAGAGCGGAACGGCAUUUGGAUCAGAACCGGUUCCUCUGCUAGUCAGAAACCUCAACGUAUUGAUACAUCAACUGGUCUUCUGGUGCCGUGGCGAUCACCAUGACAACUGCACUGCGUCCAUUUUGAACUGAUUCUGUCAAACCCAGAAAACAGGACUUUACUCCAGAAAUGUUCAGUUCUGGUCGGGUUCUGGGAAACUACGACUGACUGCGGGUCACUGCUGGAGAAGCGGAAUCCCAGCAUGACUGUGGAAAGUUGAGUGGAAGGAAAAAGUGGUAGAUGGAGGUUCUGUUCUGUAGGAUUGUUGUGGGUUGGAGGUUCUGAAUUUUGUGAACAGAAAUAAAUAUUGAAAUAUUU